AUGGGCACUGUUUGUUUUUCAUGGGACUUUUGUUUGUUUUUCAUCCUGUUAAAUACUUGUCGUUUCUUGGGAUCUGGGGCGCUCGUCGAUGUGGAUGAAUGUGCAGUAGGAACAGAUGACUGUCACAUCGAUGCAAUCUGUCAAAAUACGCCUAAAUCCUACAAAUGCAUUUGCAAACCAGGCUAUAAAGGAGAUGGGAAGCAAUGUGAAGAUAUUGACGAAUGCGACAAUGAUUACAAUGGUGGCUGUGUUCAUGAGUGCAUCAACAUUCCAGGCAACUACAGAUGUACUUGUUACGAUGGCUUUAUGUUGGCACAUGAUGGCCAUAAUUGCCUGGAUGUCAAUGAAUGUGAUGACAACAAUGGCGGCUGUCAGCAAAUCUGUGUGAAUACCAUGGGUAGCUAUGAAUGCCAAUGUAAAGAAGGAUUCUUCCUGAGUGAUAACCAGCAUACCUGCAUCCAUCGAUCCAAUGAGGGCAUGAACUGUAUGAACAAAGAUCAUGGAUGUGCACACAUCUGCCGAGAGGCGCCGAAGGGUGGGGUAGCCUGUGAAUGCAGGCCUGGCUUUGAGCUCGCCAAAAACCAGAGGGACUGCACAUUAACCUGUAACUAUGGAAAUGGGGGCUGUCAGCAUACCUGUGAUGAUGCGGAUAAUGGACCCGUGUGUGGCUGUCAUCAGAAGUACGCUCUACAUUCGGAUGGAAAAACGUGCAUAGAGAAGGAUGAGGCUGCAAUUGAGAGCUCUGAGUACAAUGCCACGUCAGUAGCUGAUGUGGACAAGCGGGUGAAACGGCGGCUGCACAUGGAAACAUGUGCCGUGAAUAAUGGAGGCUGCGAUCGUACAUGCAAAGACACUGCUACAGGAGUCCGAUGUAGUUGUCCUGUCGGAUUCACACUGCAGCCCGAUGGGAAAACGUGCAAAGAUAUUGAUGAAUGUUUAGUAAAUAAUGGUGGAUGUGAUCAUUUCUGUCGGAAUACUGUUGGCAGCUUUGAGUGCAGUUGUCGAAAAGGCUACAAGCUUCUGACAGAUGAGCGAUCCUGUCAAGAUAUCGACGAGUGUUCCUUUGAAAGGACGUGUGACCACAUAUGCAUCAACUACCCAGGAAGCUUUGAAUGCUUGUGUCAUAAAGGUUAUACUUUAUAUGGACUGACACAUUGUGGAGAUAUCGAUGAGUGCAGCAUUAAUAAUGGGAGCUGUGAUUAUGGUUGUGUUAAUACAAUGGGAAGUUACGAAUGUGUGUGCCCUCCUGGGAAGAAGUUGCAUUGGAACAAGAAGGAUUGUGCUGAGGCAGUGAAAUGUGUCCGAAAUGCAAAGAUUGCUCGCAAAGUCCAGCUGAUCUGCAGUAAGAGUGGAGGAAUGGAGAGCUGCUCCCUGUCCUGUCCAUCCAAAGCACUCUUUGUAGCAGAUUCUGAAAACAGCUAUACGUUUAGCUGUGGAGUUCCAAUACAGCCAACAAAAUCCUCACAAAAGCGAAAUGCAAGCCUAUCUAACUGUGCAGAUCCUUUAGCACCACCAAUAAAACAAAAAGCUAGAUUCAAGAUUAAGGAUGCUAAAUGCCACCUGCGACCACGUAAUAAGGAAAAGAUUAAGGAUAGUUUGAAACAAUCUAUAUCAGGAGGCCACUUCCCAUGCACAGAUAACUGUCACGUGACCUUUGUGAAUCUAAAGUGCGAUUCUUCCAAAAAGAGGAGGCGUGGGCGCAAGUCACCGUCGAAGGAGGUGUCACACAUUACAGCGGAGUUCGAGGUCGAGAUGAAGUCUGAGGAAGUGACAGAGUCUUGCAACAUGGAAUGUGUGCGCAAGAGGAUGGAGCAAAAGCUGCAGACAGCAAUUAAGACACUAAGGAAGUCCAUUAAUAAACAACAGUUCUAUAUUCAGUUCUCUGGGACAGAAUACGAAGUUGCCCAGAAACCAGCAAAAAUACACGAAAAUCAGGAGACGUGCAGCACAGGCCAGGUGCUCCAGGAUGGCAAGUGUAUCAGCUGUGAAACAGGCCGCUACUACAGUGGGGAGCACAAGCAGUGUCUCCUGUGUCCUCCAGGAACCUACCAAGACACAAAAGGACAGCUAUCCUGUGAGCCGUGUCCGAGCAACGACGGGCAGGGAAUAGCUGGAGCUCGGAACGUGUCUGAAUGUGGAGGCCAGUGCUCUCAAGGAUAUUUCUCCUCCGAUGGAUUCAGACCCUGUAGGUCAUGUCCGUUUGGCACCUUCCAACCAGAGCCAGGUCGGACUCAGUGUUUCCACUGUGGAGGUGGAUUGAUGACAAAAUAUGAAGCAGCAGUUUCAUUUCAAGAUUGUGAAACAAAAGUUCAUUGUUCUCCUGGUCACUAUUACAACUCCACCACACACAGAUGCAUAAGAUGUCCAGUGGCAACUUAUCAGCCUGAGUUUGGUCAAAACUACUGCAUUACCUGUCCUGGAAACACAACCACAGAUUUUGAUGGCUCCACAAAUGUCACUCAAUGUAAAAAUCAGCAGUGUGGUGGUGAUCUUGGAGACUACACAGGAUUCAUUGAAUCUCCCAACUAUCCUGGAGACUAUCCUUCUAAUGUGGAAUGUAUUUGGAAUAUAAAUCCACCACCAAAGAGGAGAAUACUCAUUGUCGUGCCAGAGAUUUUCUUACCAAUGGAGGAUGAGUGUGGAGAUGUUUUAGUGAUGAGAAAGAGUUCUUCACCAACAUCAAUUACAACAUAUGAAACAUGCCAGACUUAUGAGCGACCAAUAGCAUUUACCUCAAGAUCUCGAAAACUUUGGAUUCAGUUCAAAGCUAAUGAGGGGAACAGUGCCAAAGGAUUUCAAGUUCCAUAUGUUACCUAUGAUGAGGACUAUCAGCAGUUAAUAGAAGAUAUUGUCAGAGAUGGGCGUUUGUAUGCUUCAGAAAACCACCAAGAAAUUCUUAAAGACAAGAAAUUGAUCAAAGCACUCUUUGAUGUAUUGGCACAUCCUCAAAAUUACUUCAAGUAUACAGCACAAGAAUCUAAAGAAAUGUUUCCCAGAUCAUUUAUAAAGUUGCUACGGUCCAAAGUGUCCAGAUUUUUAAGGCCGUACAAAUAGUUUUGAUGGUGGUGAUGUUUAAAAUGCUAUUUUAUUGCAUUCUUGAAAGAAGAGGCAUCCCUCUCUUCAACACUGGUGUCCUUUUUUU